GGAUAAAGCAUAAGGUGUAAACUUCUACGGUAUUCGUAUUAACACUAUUAUUAUUAUUAUUGCGAUUGCUGUCUUUGCCGACUCUCAAGCUCAGUGAAGGUGUUAAAAAGAUUUCCCAAGUUUUAAAAAGAGAAUAAACAUCUACGUGACUGUUCCGCCCCUUACACACCGAGUACACCGCUUCCCUCAGUUGAAUGGAACAGAUCGUCGUAACGAAGCGCGGCAGGUGGAAGCGUGGCCACUGGUCACAGCGGGUCCUUUCCCUCUGCCCCAUCCUCGGCGUCGCCGCACUCUCCCACAAAGCACAAACCGACGAGCAUGACCGCAAAUGCCUACACGUGACCAGCAUGCAGAUGUGGCCGCGUUACAACGAGGCGCACAUCCGCGAAGACGCGACUUCGAUGGAGGCGAAGCUCACCUUGCGGGUAAAAGGAAUGGCAGUGUUGCUGGGUGAGCGCGUCGUGACCCGGGCAGAUGGCCCACAGGUCGUCUACCGCUACACGCAGCGCGACGCCUCAGAAGAUCAGCGCGCGUGGAUGCUGCGCUUCUCCACCUUUGCGGAUUUAGAAAAAGCAGUUCGCCUCUUUCAGGCAUUUCGACCCCUCUCACAUCCGAAGACUCUGACAGGAACUUCGCCGUCGCCUGCGCAGACGAGUAAAGAAGAAGCGGCGGUGGCGUUUGCGCUGGAGAACGCUGACACCCCCGCCGCGGCGUGUGCGGAAGGCCGCAACGACGGCGAUCCUCUGGACGAUGAGCUCGUCAUGGCAGGCGUGAUGUCGUCUUCCGUGGUGGAAGGGGAUGUGGAGAGUGACCUUGCUUCGAUCCGAUCGCAGUGGGAACAGUUUCACCACACGGGACUCGCUCUGGCGUAG